CGAACCUUCGAGGAAGCAGAGCUCGUUCUAGCAGAAAUCCUGUCGCCCGAACAAAACCUCCACCUUGUUCAAUCUCUCUCAUCUCUACUGCCUGUUCUGCAACAAGAUCCUUCUCCGGCAGUCAACCUGCUUCUGCGACUGAUCCAUCGCUACACCUAUGGCGACAUCCUCAAACUGGGCAGCAUUCCGUUCAAGGAUGGACUUGUCGAGGGAGACCACAUGAUCUCUUACAAUCGUCUGAUCAUAUCGAUAUUGAACAAGGCGACCCUGAACGCAGCAGAUGCGGCAUCUGUAGCAGGACUACUCGAUACUGUGCUCGCACUUGUGCAGUUGUGGUUAUGUACAAGUGAUCCCGGUGUUGCCACUCUCGCACAGCAGCUUUUGUUGGACCUACUCAAAAUUGACCAGGAGAUUCAGCCGGGGCCCGAUUCACAUUUGCCUUCAGGUGGCCAAGGCUUGAUGUGGAAGCGACUUUUUGGAGACCAGGAUGUGUACAGAAUGUUCUUCGAGGCCUGCUCCGUUAUUAGUACUGCAUCGCCGUCUCUUUCGUUAAGCAAAGGUCAGAAGACGCUAGCACAGGCACGACUGAUGGAAUGGCUACCCAAGGUAGCGGCAAUGGACUGGAAUGCAGUGGCUCGCAGUUACCAUCCAGAGAUCGAGGCAGAGUUCAAGUCUCAGGGCGGUCUACUGGGUUUCGCCACAUCAUACAUGGUCGACACCAAGGACGAUGUGCUGAUGUACCGAUGUCUAAUCGACUUUUACUCUGAGAUUCUUGACGCCACCGGACCUCGAGCCUCGCAUCUCGAAACGAGUGAACCUUCUGCUGGUCUGGCGUACUUAAUCACAAAAGGCGUGCACACAAGUACUGCAGCCAUCUACCUUCAGCUGCCGGGCACCGCGAUCGACCCUCUAGAAGCUAUGUUCUUGUAUGGACCAGCCGCAAACUACAUCGCCACGUACGCUUCAAGAUAUCCCAGCCAUUUUCUGGCAAGUCAGCUGCCGCAGCAAGUGAACCAACGUUUAAGCACCGCUUUGGAUCAGUCACCAGCGAAGUGGGCUCAUGCUGAGUCGCCAAAACAUGACCUGCAUCUGCUUGCCAGUCUGCCUCGUGAUGCGCUUCUGACGUCUUCGGGAGGCUGGCAGAGCAGUCCGCUUUCACUGGUGCCAUCCAAAGCUACCAAUCCGGACGCUCUCAAUACUCUUGCCACCAUAUUUCAUGGGCCAAAUCGCGACAUCGUUUUCGGUUCAGCAUCGAACGGAUCUUCCACGGAGCCGGGCUUGGAGAAAGAGGCAGCUCUCGCACGAGCACUCUACCACCAUUAUUUGAGCCACAAUCCUCGUUUCUGGCAGGACAUCGUAUCUCAUGCAGAUACCGUGGCACUGAAGGACCUCGCACUAUCAGCCAUCAAUGUCCUCGUAUCCAUCAUCACGGCCAACUGGUCCGAGAGUCCCCAUGUAGAAAUACCCAACACCAUGGUGUCCGCCCCGUCUGGACACAUCGCACUGCUCAGCCCUCCCGCCGUAGAGUACACGAUGCCCUACAUGCUGAAACCCCCACGCACAUUUGCAAACCUAGUCGGUGGCAGAGGCGACUCAGAGAGUUCAGCUUACAAAAUCGCUGCCGCCAAAUUCGAUGCCUUGCGCGCAUUGAACAGCAGACUGGAAACUCAAGUCCGGCAAACUCCCGGCGCUGGAUACGAGGAUAUUCUACGCACUGUGUCCCGCAAACUGGCCGACGGUCCUUGGGGUCGUGAAGGUGAGGUGGGAGGCCAUAUUGCAACGCUAGAAUUGUGA